UACAUGAGCCAUAUAUGAUUGGUCCCCAAUUAAGGUCAAAGGUGAAGCUUCCACAAGUGACAAGAUGGCGGGUUUUGGUGGAGAUUCUUGGUUGUCGGAGUUUUCCAGUUGUGAGCAGCAGGCUCAGGAAAUUCUGGAGAAAAUUCACGAAAGAAACAAGCAACAAAGAAGUGGGGCCAACUAUUCAAAGCUGAACUCUGCCAUUAGAGUACAGAUGAAGAAAUUUUCUCGAGACCUGGUGACGUUGCGACAGGGGCUGUCCAAAGCCAGCUCAGCCUACCACAUAACACAGAGGGAAAUGCAGAGAAGACAGGACAUGUUAGAUAACUUGAGUGCUAAGGAAAGGCAGAUUGAAGACGCGUUCAGGAACGACCGGCCAGACAACAGUGAAGGAAGGUCCAACUUGUUUGGUAAUCAGGGGUCUGCAGGUUUCCAUGACGACCCCUGGGCCACGGAGGAGUCGGAGGAAACCCGCGGUCUGGGCGUGUCGGACAUCCGCCAGCAGCAGACCAGAGUCAUGGACGAGCAAGACCAGGGCUUGGAUGUGCUGUCCACUAUCAUCGCAGACGCCAGAAACAGCUCGGACCAGGCCAUUGCGGGAUGAAGUGGAC